UGGGUUUCGGCUUCCGGCUUCAAAACUACCACGCUGUUUUGGCAUAAGCUAUUUGGCCAUUUUACGUUCAAGCUUCAAGCUCAGCUCAACUCAGAAUUGAAGCGUAUUCUAAUCAUUGAAUCUAAAAAUUUGAAGUGUAUUUCACAACAUAACCUCGAGUUAUAACAUUACAUCUGUUUUCUUCAAGGCUUUAAACAAAGUUCAUCAUAAAAAAUGGAAUUCUGCAAUUGUGCAUCUGAUUGUAUUUCCAAGACAAGCGUCCCCUUGACCAGCCUGCGCUUGAUCAUCACCAGCCUGUUCAUCAGAUAUCCAAUUCUACGAGAACACGAAUUAUCAAUUUCUGACUACGUUAUAGAAGUUGCAAAGGGUGUCACUGAGGAAAGAUUCAUGGAGUUGAAGUUUCAGUGGCUAAAAGCAAAAUAUAGUGCAACGUGUUUUAGGUUUUUUUUCUACAAUUUGCUUAAAUAUGUAGAUAAUUGUAAAAUGGCUCAAACUCUUCUGCGUGAUUGUAUGAAACUGAAGAAAUUCAAACAAUAUGUAGCGUUCAGAGAGAGACAUUCAAAGAUGAUUGAAGAGUUUCUCUCGAUAGGAAUGACUACCAGAGAUUGGGAAGAGUUGGUUGAGGCCAAAAAACAACAGUUUUUGGCCUUCAAGCAAGAAUAUUUGGUUUUUUUAGCAGAGAGAGAGAAGCGUUUGGCUGAAUCAAUUCAAAAUGAUAGUUGAUCAGACUUAAAGAGCUAAAAAUUGAAAAUUUUUAGCUCUUAACAUGUUAAAUAUUUUAUA